AUGGAGGCGCUGGGCUGGCUGGAGGUGGGUGAGCUGUCCGCCGCCUUCGCUCACCUGCCGCUCUUCCCGGCCUUCGACCUCGCCUACUUCGUCGUCUCUCUCCUCUACCUCAAGUACGAGAAAGGGGCCGUUGAGCUGUCCCGCCAGAGUCCAUUGGCCUCAUGGGUGGUGGCCAUGCUCUACUGCUUUGGCAGCUACAUCCUGGCUGACCUGCUCCUCGGAGAAGCCCCCAUCGACUACUUCAGCAACAAUGCCAACGUGCUUCUGGCCACGGCAGUCUGGUACCUGACUUUCUACUGUCCCCUGAACCUCUUCUACAAGUGUGUGGCCUUCCUUCCUGUGAAGCUGAUCUUUGUUGCUAUGAAGGAGGUUGUCCGAGCCCGCAAGAUUGCUGUUGGCGUCCAUCAUGCCCACCAUCACUACCACCAGGGCUGGCUUAUCAUGGUAGUCAUUGGGUUUGUCAAAGGUUCUGGAGUUGCCUUGAUGUCAAAUUUUGAGCAGCUGCUGCGUGGAGUCUGGAAGCCAGAAACGAAUGAGCUUCUCCACAUGACGUUCCCAUCCAAAGCCAGUCUGUAUGGAGCCGUGCUCUUCACCCUGCAGCAGACACACUGGCUGCCCCUCUCCAAAGACAGCCUCGUCUUCUUCUUCACCCUCUUCAUGAUCACUUGCAAGGUGUUCAUGACGGCGACUCAUUCUCACGGUUCACCCUUUGCACCCGUGGAAGGGGCGCUGUGCCCGAUCCUCUUUGGCUCUGUGCCCUCUGGCCACGACGAUCACCCUCAUGACCACCACCACGGAGGCUCCCAUGAACCGCCCUCUCCCCCCGCCCCCCUGCUGCCAGCCAAAACACGGGAUGAGCUGAACGAAGGCACGCGGAAGCGGAAAGCCAAGAAGGCGGAAUGAGCCGC